AGGGUAGGCAGUAUGGGUUUCAAUGCUUCGAGGACGGUGGAGGGCAUAUCAACCGUUAAAGCUGACAAAUUUUUCUCAACACCUGAUGUGAAGAAUAACUCAGAUUUCCACUCUCCUAGCAGAAUCCAGAAAAACUCCCAAGGUUGCAGUGACACUUUCAAUCCCCAAGCUUUAUUUUCGGAUGAAGGUUUGAUUUUUGUUCAUAUUGAUUUCUUGAUUGCUAGGUGAAUUCAGUGGAAAAUAAUGUGUUGAACAAUUUGAUCGUACAUGGUUUAUUUUACUUGGUCAUCACUGCAGGAAUGAGUCUAGCUUUUACUUGGACCUUCAGAUGUUAAAAAUAUACCAUUGUAGGAAAAAUGCAUUUGAGUGGCUUAAGAGGUGAAAUCAAUAUUUUUAAGAAUGUGUGUUGAUACUGUUAAGCAAAUUAUUUUCUGCUAAAUCUUCAGGAAACCAGAAUGUGCAUGGGAAUAUCUUCUGUCGAAAGAGACAGAAAUUACGUCAGUGUGUUGCAGAUACAUUAUUUCUUAAUAAAGAGGAGUUCUCUUUGAAAGGGUUAGGCACAAUUCCUCUAUUAAUAUUAAAUGUUUUGUCCAUACCCCUUAUCAUGAGUACUACAGAAAAUUUUCAGGCUUGAUGAUAUUGUUUCCAUGCUCCUUGGUCGUCUAUUUCCUGUGAGCAUCAAGGAAAAUAAAUAUGAGGAUCCAAAUCCAUGGAAGAAAGUGAAUACUGCCGGAUAUGAUUUCCCUGAUUCUAGAGAAUCAGAUUUACCCAAGGAACUUGAUCAAAUGACUUCAAGGAAACUUAUUGAACAAUCAAGCUCGUAUUUUAGUGAUAAUUUGUUGUCUCCUAUGUUAGUGAAUUCUGAUGAGAGAAUUACCACAGACCAUGCAUUUGCAACCUCGAAUUCUCACAAGUUUCGACUUCCUUAUAGUACAACUGAACCUGAAUACAAACUGGACAGAAUUCCAAGUUUCAGCACCAAGCAUGACACAACUCUUGGAUUUCCAUAUAAUGAAGGAAUGAAUGCUGCUGGAUAUGGAUUACUUGAUUCUCAAAAGUUAGAUGUUCAAUUUAAGGAACACAAUCAGAUACCUGAGACAAGACUUCUUGAAUACGAACCAAAUCCAUGUAUUAGAGAUUACUUGAUGCCUCCUCCUUUCCUAAGAUCCAACGAAAGAAUUUUUCCAAAGGAAUUUCCAACCUCACAUUCUCACAAGUCUCGACCUUGUAAUACAGAUGAACCUGAGGAUAAAUUUGACAGAAUUCCAAGUUUCAGUUCCAAGUAUGACAGUGCUCUUGUAUUUCCAUAUAAUGAGGAAACGGAUGCUGCUGGGUGUGGUUUACUUGAUUUUCAGAACUCAGAUUUUCAAUUGAAUUAUAAGAUACCCGAACCAAGACUUCUUGAAUUCGAACCAAAACCAUGUAGCAGAGGUCACUUGUCUCCUAUUUUCCUAAGAUCGAAUGAGGGAAGUAUUCCACAGGACUUUCCAACCUCUCAUUCUCACAUGUUUCAACCUCUGUACAAUAUGAAAGAACAUGAGUGUGACUCAAGGAGAGUUCCAAGUUUCAGUGCCAAGAGGAAUGUGACACAUAAGUUUCUGCUUUAUGAUCAAGAACAUGACACCUUUGCAUUGAAUCAUUACAAAGAGCAGAGGAAAUUUAAGAGAGAACCAAUUCCUCUUCUGCUAGAAAAUGGUUUUGACUGCCACGCAGACGAAAUAAAUUUGCCUAUAGCUUACACUUCUCCAGAACCAGAAUUAAUCCCUGCAUUUUCAACUUCAGGUAAAGGUGAAAACCAGACAUGGAUGAAUAUAUUAGGUGAAUGCCACUUUAGUCCUUCAUCCUUACUUCUUGACAAGCCACAGAACAUUACUUCAAUAUUGGAUUCUGGUUUAUUAAGAUGUCAAGAAUUCAGGUUUAAGAAAUACUUUCAUGAAGAGGAGGGCGACAUGGACUCGAAUUCCAAUCAUGAUGUUUUACCAAUAUCACACAAUAAGCGCCAUUUUACAUUGUCAGCAGAUUGCAAGAAUGAUAUUAGUUCAAAUGAUCAAGACGGCGUCUUCCUUCAGCCUUAUGAGCAUUGGAUUAGACGAACAGCUUAUAAUGGUUACCAUCAUAGCCAUUCUGAUUCAGAAGCUUGGGUUUCAUCUUCACUCAAUUUCAUCUCAGGUCAGAAGCUAGGAGUAUCCUUAACUAGUUCCCAUUCAACUUGCCGAAGCUCAAAUUCCGGUGAUUUUGAGCUCCCGCAAUGGGAAAGUAUGUCUUCUCCGUUACACAUUAGUGAUCAUUCUGAGCCAGAAAUGGAUGGUGGAAAUCACAGGGAAGUUCUUUAUCGUUUUCGGCACAGCUCGAUUGAAAUACGUAACUCUUCUUUUCUUCAUAUGUCCAUGCAAAGAGAAAAUGAAUUUCCUUUUCCUCUUCAUAGAAAUGACUGUAUCAAUGAGCUAGAGCAAACAGACUAUGAUCCUCUAGAGUCUAAACACUCUUUAGGGGGUUUCUAA